UGCGAAUCAGCGUCGCAUUGCAACUUCUUCACUCGGCUUCUUCUCUGCCUGAAGCUAAACAUGAGCAUGAGGCUAUCGUUGAAAACCCUAAUCCAAUGUCCAAUUUCAGUGUUUAGCAGAUCCUACUACACGACCAAAAGGGUGACCUUGUACUCAAAAAUCAGUCCUUUAGGAGACCCCAGCUUUAGUUUGGUGCCUGAGCUCGAAAAUUGGGUCCAACAUGGGAACAAGGUUCGAGUUGGCGAGCUUCAGCGCAUUAUUCGUGACCUGCGUCGACGAAAUCGGUUCAGUCAAGCCCUUGAGGGAUGCAGGUGUCUGACUGGAUGAACAAAAAAGGCAUUUGCAUAUUCUCUCCAAUUGAACAUGCUGUCCAUUUGGAUUUGAUUGGUAGAGUCCAUGGUUUUCUUUCAGCUGAGAACUAUUUCAAUAGCUUGAGGGACCAUGAUAGAACUGAUAAGACAUAUGGUGCUCUACUAAACUGUUAUUGUAGGCAGCGUCAAGUUGAUAAGUCCAUCUCACAUUUACAGAAAAUGAAGGAGAUGGGAUUUGCCUCAUCACCUCUUACUUACAAUGACAUUAUGUGUCUCUAUACAAAUCUUGGCGACUAUGAGAAGGUUCCUGACGUGUUAGCUGAGAUGAAGGAGAACAAGGUAUCCCCUGACAACUUUAGCUACCGAAUCUGCAUCAAUUCACAUGGUGCUAGAUCUGACAUUGAGGGAAUGGAGAGAGUUUUGAAUGAGAUGGAAUGCCAACUGGGGAUUGCCAUGGACUGGAAUACAUAUGCUGUUGUUGCUAGUUUUUACAUAAAAUCUGGACUUUCUGAUAAGGCAAUUUAUGCCCUUAGAAAAUCAGAAGAAAAGUUAGAGAAGAAAGAUGGGACUGGUUAUAACCAUCUGAUAUCACUCUAUGCGACUUUGGGCAAUAAGUCUGAGGUUUUGAGAUUAUGGGAUCUGGAGAAAAGUGCAUGUAAGAGGCACAUAAACAGGGAUUUCAUCACCAUGCUGGAAUCUUUAGUAAAGCUUGAUGAGAUUGAAGAAGCUGAAAAAAUACUGAAAGAGUGGGAAUCAUCCGGCAACUUUUAUGACGUUCGGGUACCAAAUGUUGUGAUUAUUGGGUAUUCUAGAAAAGGAUUAUAUGAGAAAGCAGAAACAUUGCUUGAAGAAUUGAUGGAGAAAGGAAAAGUUACUACCCCAAAUAGUUGGGCCAUUGUUGCUGCAGGAUACCUUGAAAAGGGUAUGGUGGAAAAAGCUUUUGAGUGUAUGAAGGCUGCCUUUUCCCUGCACGUGAAGAACAAGGGAUGGAAGCCGAACCCUCAGGUGAUUGCAGACAUUUUAAGUUGGCUUGGUGAUGAAGGUAGUGCUGAAGAUGUAGAAGCUUUUGUGACCUCUUUGAGAUCUGUCAUUCCAGUGAACAGACAAAUGUAUCAUGCUUCAUUGAAGGCAAAUAUAAGAAGCGGCAAAGAUAUUUGUGGACUUCUGGACCGCAUGAAAUCUGAUAAGAUAGAUGAAGAUGAGGAAACAAAGAAAAUCCUUGGCACAAUGUAGAAGUAAAUUUGAUCUGUUGAUUUGCCUAACAUAGUUCAUUGUUAUGCAAUCAUGGAAUUGUAGUGCUGCAAUUUGUUUGCUUCCGUGAAUGAAGAGUUUCAAUUGUUCAAGAUCGUUUCUGCAUUGUGCAAUUGAUACAAUAUGUUAACAUGAGCUCAAUAGAUGCAGCCCACAACAAUUAGGUCUUGUUUGUGUUGGUCAGAGUAUCUCAAAAACCCAUGUGUUUCCAGUCGCAUUCCUUCUCGGCCCUUUCCUCCUUCCAAUUUUGUAAGUGAAAUCAGAUGCUUCUCUUCUUCCUGGUGGCACUGUCACUGUUGUUAUGGUAGAUCAUAAUUCGAAGAAAUUUGUCAGUUCUGUAAGCAUCUUUGAGCUGUUCUUGUAGCUGAAUACAAAGCUGCGAACUUGUAGGGCUGCUGUGGAAGUCAAAGUUUUUCUUUUUGCUGUCGAAGACAUUUGAGAUAGUGGUUUUCGUUCUAAUUUUAUUUUCGAGAUUGAUGACAAAUAUUCAACA